CCUUCCUUAUUUUAAAAGAAUGUCAGAGGAAAUCUCUUAUGAAAAAAUAUUAGAGGACGUUGAAUGCACUGCAGUUUCACCUGGCUACAGUACUUUGGGUGAUAUUGUUCCCGUCUCGUUGCAUUGGAAUAACAUAACAGUGACAACCAUAAAAGAGAAGAGACUAUUGUUGAAAAAUGUGAGUGGAUACGCGAAAUCCGGAGAAUUGCUUGCAUUGAUGGGUGCCAGUGGAGCUGGAAAGACAACGUUGCUGAACAUGCUCAUGUGCCGAAAUUUGAAAGGAUUGAGUACGGAGGGAACAAUUACGGUCAAUGGAAAUGAGAUGGCACACAAAAUCUCCUCGAUAUCCGGAUUUGCUCAACAAGAAGAAUUAUUUGUUGGAACUCUGACAGUCAAAGAAUACUUGAUGAUUCAAGCGAAACUUCGUAUUAAUGGAUCUAAAAAACUUCGAGAAGAUCGAGUUACAGAUGUACUUCAUCAAUUGAAACUCUGGAAGUGUCGUGAUUCAAAGAUUGGAGUUAUUGGUGAAAAAAAGGGAAUUUCUGGUGGUGAAGCACGGCGUCUUACUUUUGCAUGUGAAAUGUUAUCCAAUCCUUCACUUUUAUUUGCUGAUGAGCCGACAACUGGACUUGAUUCUUUUAUGGCUGAAAGUGUAAUUCAGAUAUUAAAAGGAAUUGCAAAAACUGGAAGAACUAUUAUUUGUACAAUUCAUCAGCCGUCUUCUCAAUUGUAUCAAAUGUUUCAUAGAGUCAUUUAUUUAGCAAAUGGUAGCACAGCUUUCCAAGGAACACCACAAGAAUCUAUUUCAUUCUUUGAAAAAUGUGGACAUCGAGUGCCAGAUGAGUACAAUCCCAGCGAGUGGAUAAUUUACAAGUUGGCAGUGCAACCUGGACAAGAGAAACAAUCAAAUGAUCGAAUUCAGAAAAUUGUCGAGCAAUACGAAGAUAGUGAUCAUCAGAAGCGAGUGAUGGAACAGUUGUCUGAUGUUUCAGAGAAGAUACCUCCGCCUGAAAUGCACAGGGCUAAUGUGUUCACGCAGAUUUUCGCGCUUUCCACCAGAUGCGGAAUUGAUGUUUGGCGUGCUCCCCAACUGACAUUGGCAAAAGUGAUUCAAAAGAUUCUAUUCGGACUAUUCAUUGGUCUUUUGUACCUUCGGACGCCAUACGAUGCACGUGGAAUCCAUAAUAUUAAUGGAGCCCUGUUCUUUCUGGCAGGAGAAUACAUUUACUCAACAGCAUACGCAAUUAUGUUCUUCUUGAACAAUGAAUUUCCACUGGUUGCUCGAGAGUAUCACGAUGGACUCUACAAUCUUUGGACAUACUACUUUGCUCGUUGUAUCUCUCUUAUUCCUCUCUUCUCUACUGAUGGUCUUAUUCUUCUGUUUAUAGUUUACUGGUUGAUUGGACUUAACACUUCUGUUAUGCAGGUCAUUGUCGCAUCAAUCAUCACUGUACUCGCAAGUCAAGCAGCCUCUGCUUUUGGAAUCGCCAUGUCAUGCAUCUUCCCAACUGCUCAGAUGACUGCUGUAAUGGCAAGCCCACCUCUAGUUUUGUUCCGGCUUUUCGGUGGAUUAUACGGUAAUACUAACACUUUCCCUGCCGCAAUUCGAUGGCUUCAGUGGAUUAGUAUGUACAGAUUUGCAUUCGAAGGUCUAGUUGUCAAUCAGUGGUCUGAAAUUGACGAUUUCCACUCAAAUGCCAAAAAUAAUUGGACAAAUUCUACGACGAACGAUGUGCUUGAUUACUUUGCAUUCUCUGAAUCGGCAAUUCCACUUGAUAUCAUUGGACUUAUACUCAUUAGUUUGGCAUUCUAUUUGAUUGGAUUUAUUGCUUUGGUUCAUCGUAUGAAAAAAGCUCGUUAAGAUUAGAGAACACAAUAUUUGUGAAAUGAAGAUGUAGUAUU